UCGUCCUUGACAGGGGGCUGUGAUUCAUCAUUCAUGGCAGUUCAGCAUUGUUUACAUACAGCAUGAGAUAUUGCAACAAGUUUUGUUAGAGUAGUCCUUAGUUAUUUUUUAAUUAAUUUGUCUAUUACAGUGGAUCCCGAUGGCUGGCAAGGGCGAGAAUGUCCCCGAUGGAUACUUUUAUCAGCUGUACACGCUACUGUAUUGCAUUUACAGGCUUCGACUCAGUGGCAAACGGGUCACAGAAUACGAUAUUGGAUGUGCCAUUGAUGGGUAUGGUGCGCUGGAUGAUGUAGUCUUCCAUGCGAAGUAUUCGGAUGGAAUCUCCCAUACCUAUGCGUUGCAGGUUAAACAAGCGAAAACCGAUAAAAUUAUUGAUUUGAAUGCUCUUGAAGGCGAUGGCAACAAAAACAAAAAUUUCUAUGUAUUUAAGUACUUUAAAUCUUUUCUGGAUAUUACGAAGCUAUCGGACAAUCCUGUUCCGCUGCAUCAACUAAAGGAAAUGAUAGUGUGGACACAUAUGGAUUUUGCAAACAACGCACGAGAUUUGAUGGAAAAGUAUUCGCCAGAUGAAGCUGAUUUGCUGGAUCCAUGCGAUGAAGAUUUCACGUACGAACGUUUCAGGAUUAAAAAUUACCAACAACUGGCCCGUGACUAUUUGAGGCUGACACACCCUUUCGAAAUAUUAGUUGGAAAGUUUGUUAAUGUUAUGUUUUUGAAGGAAGAAUGGAAUUCCAAACGAGCGGCCAAAGGCUGCUACCGUAUUAUGGCCAAAGAAGUGAUCAAUUGUAACGAACAGCAUUCAACAUUUCGAAACGAAUUUGUUAGAGGAGAUACCGGUUUGAGUCCAGAUACUCUAUUGUUCCGAAGUUACUUGGAACGUGCGAUUAGAAACAAGUUUCUAGAUAAGAACCUCGGAGAUUUUUCUAUCGAACAGCUGAAUGAUGAAUCCUAUAAGAAACAUUUUCAACUAAAGGUAGAUGCUGAUUUCAAGGAAGGGACGAAUAAACGAGAUGUAUCUUGGAAGGUUGGAUAUGUACCUGUGGAACAGGAUUUGCGAGAUUUUUUCCACCGGUUCAUAUUUUACAUUAAGGUGCCAAAGUUACCAACGAUGAAGAAUUUUCUGGCGAGGAAAUUUACUGUGCCAUUUGAACAGCUGUGCAAUCUAGUUGAGAAGUGCUCUUUAAAAAAAUUGACCAAUAAUCAGCAAGUUGAUAAAAUUUUUACUUUGUUAACGUUACGAGAAACGAUGGAAAACGGUAUCUACUCGAGCAUGAAAUUUGAUCAAAGCGAUUUGUUGAAGCUACGGAAACAAUUGCUGGAAAUGGACAGGUUUUUGUAUGUCGAAGCAGUCCAUGAUGUCGGAUGCAGUGUAUCGCGAAUUAUUUCGAUCGUGGAAGGGGACAUAGAAGCUGAUAAAAAGCGUUUUAUUGCAAUAAAUUUAAGCCAACUAAAGAAUGUAUUGGAUAGCCUAUUGUCCAUUGUAAACGAUCCCGAGCUGUGCGAACAUGGACUGCAGUUUAUAAUCGUCAGUUGUUAUAGUGGCAUUCCUCUACAAGCUAUAGUACAUAGACUUGGAUUAGCCGAUAUUAAAGUAAUUUUUGUUGCAGAUAAGCUGAAGGGUGCUAGACUUCCAACCUGGUCUUAUUUCAGAGAUGAACUCGAUGUCGGAUUGCUCUCGCAGAGUAGCAAGGACGAUGUAAUGCUUAGAAAAAUAACUUUUUUUGGGUUGCCUGCCGUUGAGGCUGGUGCUCUGUUUUCAACUGAGUUAUUUAGCAGAGAGAAUUACCGAAUAGUGUUGGAACUGUAUAGAAAUAAUGGAGUUGUUAAGGUCGGAGAACUGUUAAAUGUAGAUAACUAUUUUGUUCCCAGACUGGCUAGGGAUAAAUCGAACAAAGUUGUAGAUUUGCUUGAUGAAAAUGGUCCAGCCCGGAUUAUUAUCUCCGACCAAACUGGUAUGGGUAAGACAACAGAAUUAGUUAAUGUUACGGUUAAGCUAAGAGAAAGAUAUCGUGAACAUUUGGUAGUUUUUAUGGACUUUAUUUCCGCUGUUGAUCGUUUUAAAACAAGUCUCAUCGAUAUGGUGUGUAAAGUGGUAGGCGGUUCUAGUCCAUUAGAAGGUCUUAUUAUCAAGGAGAUGUUUCAGCGAAAGAAAGUUGUGCUAGUCAUGGAUGCGUUAGACGAAGUUAGCGAGUCUAGAAAUGAAGCAUUAAUUAUGCUUUUGAAAGCAGUUUCAAAUGACGUCAAUAAAUUGUAUAUUUCUACUAAACCUUACUGUGAAACUCAGAUAAUCAAAAUACUUCCAGACUGUGCCAUUUAUCAGAUGGAACCAUUUAGUUUAAAGCAUCAAUCUAUUUAUUUGACGAACUAUUGGAAAGUUGAUGCCAUAGAGCAAGAAGAGGAACGUGUUAGAGUCGAGAAAAACGUAGAAGCUGUAAUUAAUAAAUUUCGAAGCAUUUUUAGGGACAAUACCCUGCUUGGUAUACCACUACAAACUAAAAUGGUCGCAGAGAUCUACAAAGAAGACAUCCACAAAGCAGAAUUCGAGGUACCUCAGGCGUAUGAGAUUGGCAGAGUAGUUAAAAAAUUUGUGAAACGCAAGUUUCAACGGUUUUGUUCUGCCAACUUUAGCAGUGCCAAUAAAGCGCACGAAUCUAUAGUAGCUGAUCUGUUAGAUACAGUUGUACAAAAUCACGUUAAACUUGCCUUACAUUUUUUUCGUCCGACGCUGAAUGCUGAUAUAUUAGAAGACAUAAACAGAAACCAGAUGUACGGUUUGGUACAGCUACAGCCAUCAGUAGGGUUUAUACACCAAAUUUAUCUGGAUUACUUUCUUACCUUGUAUAUGCUCACAUACUCCGUAAAUGCGGGUACGUUCUUAUUUUUCAUGAAGAAGAAUCUAUGUACCUCCCGAAUAAAUAUAGCCACUCGUUUUUUGGACUUUCAUAUUGGAUGCAUAGAUUCGGACACACCACUGAAAACUGACGAGUUCGAUUCGGGCCUUACCUUCGACCCAGAGCAGUAUAAAGUUCCUCCAACGAUUCGUGUUCAUCCAGACAAGAUCCGUGAGUUCAACUACUUCCUCGAGAAUCACUGUACCGACAGCGAAAUAUUUACUUUAAUUCGCAACAGCUUCAACUCGUCGGUGUUCAACGUAUUUGAGGUACUGUACGACAGUUUACCGAGUGGUACGAAAACUAACUUAAAGUUUCGCUUUGGGGCUCAACCGGAGAAUAACUUCAUAAAUCUUAAGUUGUUUGGGGAGAAUCAAAUGCUGCAACUGUUGCCGAUUUUGCGGAGAAAAAAUCCAGAAAAUUUUGUUCGUCAGUAUCUGAUCGAUUUCGACGACGGGGAGGAAGAUUUUCUAGCUGUAGCUUGCCGGAAACCGUUUCUGAAGGUUCUGCAGUGGAUUAUUGAGUUAGCAUCAAAUAUUAGUGCGGAGGAGAACUGUCAACUGCAGAAUUACGUUUGCCGGCGCAUAACCAGAUAUUUGCAACUAGUUCUCCAACAUAAUAACAGUCAGGUUUUGCAGAUUGUCAUUGACUGGGUGAUGGAACUUGGGUGCCAAGAAACAAUACGAGCUAUUCUGGAGGAAAACAAUGUUUUAUUAGAAUUUUCCAAAAAUAUUGCAGUGAAAGGUGAGACUAAAAGCUUUUUAGUAGAUCAAAGAAUUGAGAUGAUCUACAGCUUAUACAACCUGUUUCAAUGGGUCUACGACGAUAAUAUAAUUCUUAGCGAAGACUGUUGUGAUAAAAUCGCAAAUGCGCAAAAUGGUGAAAUCCAAAGUGCAUUUAACGUAACGUUUUUACAGCAUAGAUAAUAUUCAGUUAAUUUAAAUAUAAUUAUGUGGAUUUUGUUCCUUUGUUUUUACUUUGUUUAUGUAACAUCACUCAUUGAGGUUGGCAAAGCUGUAUUAUUGGGCAACAUGAGGCCAACCUAUGUCCCCAUUCACCUCUGAUACAGAACUCCUAUUCCUUACUUCCCUGCGGUGCCAACUGGAGUAUGAGCCACCUUAUGCCGUUUUUGUUUGGACGCAGGGCUGGGUCGAAUUUUGGCCUCAAUCGCUGUCAGUUCAUGCAUUUUGACAGCGGUUGGAGUUGGAGUCUGACUCAGUUUCGCUUCAAGCAAGAGCUGCUUUAGUGAAGAUCUGUAGGUCGUAUGCUGGCAGGGAUGGGGAACAAAAGCACGCACAUCGUACAAAUUAAAGCUUUCGGUGCAGUUAAUACUCAUUUUGGGCCGCUCAAAAUUAUUUCAUAUUCUUUUCACAAAUAAA